AAAAAAUGAGGCAAUCCUCUCCACUCGUCCGUUCUUGUUGAUCAACAGUUCGUCUUUUCUGAAGAUCCCUAAAGUGAGCUGGGGAGAGUUCAGCUAUAAAUACAUAGACAGUUUCCCACAUCUGUCUUGGAAUACAACAACCAGACAGACAAAGGAACACAAUCUGAUCGAUCUUGACAGCUCUUCGCCCUCAAUUGGCCAGCAAAGAACGAUUCUCAGCGCCAAAGUAAGACAAGCACCGCCAUUUUGUUCGAUUUCCCUCGACUAUUGGGGCUCGUUCUAAUCUUUUUUUAACUAGAUGCCCAUCGCUCCAGGUAGAAUCUCCGGUGUCGCUAAUACCUUCAAUGGCCGUUGGAUUGUCGAAGGCAACACCGUUCUGUUGCACGGUGUCUUCCCCCAAAGCCUUGAGAAAUGGGACUCGGACGCUCUGCUUGAAUAUGAGAAUGUCGAAGAUAUUAGUGGCGACUUCUUCAUUCGUCCCGAGGAAUCGUUCUCACAUGUCGGGCCCCAUGAUCUAAGCCUGUUUCUGAGAAGCCUGCGCGGCAACAAGGUCAAGAUUACUGGUCACCUCAGCGGUCCUAUCUCUAACAGGACCGACGUCACCGCUCAAGUAAGCGUGGUCCGUGAAGAUUGAUUAGUUAGAGAUCCUUUGAUCAAGGAGAAACUAGCUCAAUACGCGGAGCGAGCAGUGUGGAUAGGGAGACAAAGAUAUCUGGAGGGUAGGGAAUGGAGAAUUCUCGUUCUAAGCUCAGAUUACUCUUGUUGGUAGAAUUAUUGGGCUUGAACAUAGACUGUCUGUGUCUAUACCUAUGUUGCGAGCUAUCAUCCUCUUACAGGUCCAAUGAAUCUGCAGAUUUGAAGAGAGUGGAAGUUAGUUUCCCAUUUAUCACCUACGAUUGUAGAUGGCAUUAUACCGCGAAUCCCGACCAAGUUGAGACAGGGGGGGGACCUAUAAGGUUCUGACCCAAAUUUGAAUUUAGCUGAAAUCCAGCUGACGAGUAUCGUGAGCCCGUCCUUAACGGAUAUGCAUCGCGAUAUUGGUAGAGAAUGAAGCCCGACCUGGA